AAACGAAAGAAUCUGGCAAACUGCGAUCGGCCUCGUAAAUCGAGUUAUGAAUUAACUUCACCUAAAUCAUUCCAAGGAAGAAAUUUAACAGGAAUUGUACGUCUUAUACGUGAUUUAGCUGCAGAUAUUCAUGCAAAUAUACAGCAAUGGAAUAACCUUCAUAUUCAAGGAAUUACUUAUUUAAAAGACAUAACACAAGAAAAACACGAUAAAAAUUAUUCUAAGAUUUUACAAGAUCUGUGUGAUAAGUUAGAAAAUAUUUGUGAUAACCUGGAUGGCAUAGUUAAAAACUUAGAUCAAAUUAAAAAUCAACUAAAAGCCAUAUCAACUUUAGAGAAAACUACAGAUAAAUUGUUUAUAACAUGGCCGACAACAAGAUUUGGUGAGGUAGCAGAAACUAUAUAUGAAGCAUAUCAUAUGGAAGUCAAAUUGAAACGCAAAUUACUCGAAAAUGUUGCUCACAAUUGUACAGAAUCUUGGAAGAUGCUUCAUCUUGCAGCUUGGGUAUACGAGCCUUUUAUAACUGAAAAUUUAAUAAUUUUAUUAGAUUCAUUGCUUAUUGAAACUGGUCAUAGAUGAGAAAAACUUCUAGUGCAGCAUUAUAUUUUUGUUUUAAUUUUAAUAUAUUUAUAUAAAGCAAAUAUAAAAUGACUGG